CCUCCGCCCCGACCUCUUCUCCUUGUCACUCUAGGUCCCCACAGCUUCACCGGCGAGGACUGCGCGGAGUUCCACGUGCACGGCGGCCCGGCCGUGGUGAGCGGCGUCCUGCAGGCCCUGGGCAGCGUCCCCGGGCUGCGGCCUGCCGAGGCCGGGGAGUUCACCCGCCGCGCCUUUGCCCAUGGGAAGCUGAGCCUGACGGAGGUGGAGGGGCUGGCGGAUCUGAUCCACGCAGAAACCGAGGCGCAGCGGCGACAAGCUCUGAGACAGCUGGACGGGGAGCUGGGCGAGCUCUGCCACCGCUGGGCAGACACUGUCACCAAGGCUCUGGCCCACGUGGAGGCCUACAUCGACUUUGGGGAGGAUGACAACCUGGAGGAGGAUGUGCUGGAGCAAGCGGACAGUGAACUGCGGGCACUGGAGGCAGCACUGGGCGCCCAUCUGCAAGAUGCCAGGCGUGGGCAGAGGCUGCGCUCAGGGGCUCACGUGGUGGUUGCUGGACCUCCCAACGCGGGCAAGAGCAGCCUGGUGAACCUACUCAGCCAGAAGCCUGUGUCCAUCGUGUCCCCAGAGCCGGGAACUACUCGAGACGUGCUAGAGACUGCAGUGGACCUGGCUGGGUUCCCUGUGUUGCUGAGCGACACGGCAGGGCUGUGGGAAGGCGUGGGACCUGUGGAGCAGGAGGGCAUCAGACGUGCCCGGGAGAGGUUAGAGCAGGCUGACCUCAUCGUGGCGGUGCUGGACGUCUCUGACCUAGCUUCUCCCCAGAGUCGCGAUUUUCUGGACAGCAUCAUCGCCUCCCACGGAGCUCGGGGCCUCACUGGUAGUGGCCAGCGCCUCCUGCUGGUCCUGAACAAAUCUGACCUGCUGCCCCCUGAGGGUCGGAGUUCCCGUCCAUCCCUGCCUCCCUAUCUCCUGCUGUCCUGCCGCACUGGAGAGGGUCUGGGCUGCCUCCUGGAAGCCCUGAAGAGGGAGCUGGCUUCAGUGUGUGGGGACCCAGCCACGGGCCCACCGCUGCUCACACGAGCCAGGCACCACUACCACCUGCAGGGCUGCCUGAAGGCCCUGGGCCACUACAAGCAGGCAGGAGACCUGGCCCUGGCUGCCGAGGCCCUGCGCGUGGCCCGGAAGCACCUCGCCCACCUCACCGGUGCGGGGGGCACAGAGGAGAUCCUGGACGUCAUCUUCAGGGACUUCUGUGUGGGCAAGUGAAGCCUCAUCAAGGCCCUCUGCGGUCCUCAUGCCCCUCGGGCUGUGAGCUCCCUUCGGGCCUUUGCGGGCAUUGCGGGUGUGGUGCUGGGAUCCCCAGGAUUGUGCAUGCUCCGCACAUGUACCCCUCUGAGUGGUACCCCAGCUGUGUGUGCCUGUGCGUUGGGUGGGGAGGGAAUUCUGCCCCAGUCUCAGGAGAGCAUGAGACGCCGAGUGGAAGCCCAGGUCUGCCGUGGGCUCCUGACGGGCUCUGACCAGGGCCCCCUCUGCAGUGGACACCAUGAAGGACCGACACCAGACACCCAGCAGCCUGGCUCCUGCCUGCCCCUCCUCAGAGGCACACACCCCGCCGCAGCCCUGGGCCUCCACCCCGAAAGGAAGGUGUUUGGGGAGCCUUUGGUAGCAGUGAGCAGCCAGCAGAGGGCACCCCAUCCGCACUGGAGGUGCCCGGCCUGCCGUGAAUGGAGAACUCCCUCACGGAGGUUCCUGCAAAGCCUGCAUGCAGAGGGGCGCUCUGGCCGCAGCGGGGGUCUUGGUGGUGCUCAUUCAUCUGGCAAAUAAACUGACACUGGAGAA